AUGGAUACAGCGGACGAAUUGAGCGGUGAAAGCUCCGGAAACGGGGCGAAAAUGAGUGUGAAAACGGGCUCUACUGUUUCUUCAACGGUCGAAGAGGUAAACGUGGAACAACACAAGGGAUUCCCAGUGGUCAAAAUCGACCAUUAUACGGAGUUCGCAGACGAGACCCCGCUGAAAAGCCGUAGAAGACCGGUUAAAACACCGCAUAGGAACGCGGGAACGACACCAUUACAGGCCAGUUCGGGCACAGCACAUGGCACGGCGACGCGCAGAAGAAGAUCCAGCAGUCGUAGCUCGAGCAAAAAUCUCAAAAGCUCUACGGAAAUUUCGCCCGCGUCGAUGAUUUUCCGCAACUUGCUUAUUCUCGAAGACGACUUGAGGCGUCAGGCCCGUCAGCAGAAGGCGCUCAAAUGGCAGUUCACGCUUUUCUUGGCAUUGUUGUUGGGGCUUGCAGCGGCUGCGUUUUACGAGCUGUACUUCACACAGGAGCCAGUUCGAGGCUUGUACAAAGUCGCAUUGCAAUUCAUGCUGAUCUUCAUUCUGGUGACUGUCAUUUUAUUCCACUUGAGCGGUGAAUAUCGCCGUACCAUAGUGAUUCCACGCAAGUUUUUCACAUCCACAAACAAGGGCAUUCGUCAGUUCAACGUGAAGCUGGUCAAAGUGCGAAGUUCUGUUUCAGACAUGGGAAUUGAUCUGGUUCGACUGUUGUGUCGCACCACUGCUUCCAUAAACCUUGCAGUGGCAGCGAAAACUUUGCCCGCACGCAUGGCCGAGAAAAGUGGAACUUUACGGUUCUGGCAGGCUGUAGCACUGCGAUCUCAGCCCCGAAUAGGUGCUAUUGACGUCAAACUGGUACUCAAUCCACGCGCUUUCAGUGCUGAAGUACGCGAAGGAUGGGAAAUUUAUAGAGACGAAUUUUGGGCACGCGAAGGUGCGCGCAGACGCAAGGAAGUUAAUGAAAUGGGCUCAUAG